GGCAGGCUGCCGCUAUCAGCAGGUCAGGAAAGAUGGCGGCGGAGGAGAGCAGGUUGAAGCAGCGGAAUCACAAAAACAGCAUCUUCAAAGAAGGCGGCCAUGGGUUUCAAUCAGACACAUCCCAGAUGAGGCGUGAAGAGGAGGAAGACGACCUGCUGGAGGAGGAAGAAGUGGGCGUGGCCAGGCCGGUGCAGAUCGUGGUGGCGGAUGAGGAGGAGCACUCGUUCUCGCUGCAAGAGGAGGCGCUGGAGCGGCUGCUGCUGCAGGAGGAGGUGCAGGAUCUCCACGUGGUCGUCGUCUCCGUGGCCGGAGCUUUCCGCAAGGGCAAGUCCUUCCUGCUGGACUUCAUGCUGCGCUUCAUGUACAAACAGUCGUCCGGUUCGUGGGUCGGCGGGGAGGAGGAGCCUCUGACCGGCUUCACCUGGCGAGGCGGCUGCGAGAGGGAGACCACAGGCAUCCUGGCCUGGAGUGAAGUGUUUGUGGUGGAGAAACCAGACGGCUGCAAGGUUGCAGUUCUACUUAUCGACACACAGGGGGCGUUCGACAGCCAGUCGACCAUCAAAGACUGUGCCACGCUGUUCGCCCUGAGCACCAUGACCAGCUCUGUCCAGGUGUACAACCUGUCCCAGAAUGUCCAGGAGGACGACCUCCAGCACCUCCAGCUCUUCACUGAGUACGGACGACUGGCCCUGGAGGAAGUCUACGAGAAACCCUUCCAGACUCUGAUGUUCCUGAUCAGAGACUGGAGUUACCCCUACGAGCAUCCAUACGGUCUGGAGGGAGGACAGAGCUUCCUGGAGAAACGGCUGCAGGUGAAGCAGAACCAACACGAGGAGCUGCAGAAUGUCAGGAAACACAUCCACUCCUGCUUCUCCAACAUCAGCUGCUUCCUGCUGCCCCACCCCGGCCUCAAGGUGGCCACCAACCCUCACUUUGACGGACGGCUCAGAGAUAUCGACGAGGACUUCAAGAAGGAGCUGGUGAACCUCGUCCCGAAGCUGCUGUCUCCAGAAAACCUGGUGGAAAAAGAGAUCGGAGGAGUGAAGAUCACCUGCAGAGACCUGCUGCACUACUUUAAAGCCUACAUGAAGAUCUACCAGGGAGAGGAGCUUCCUCACCCCAAGUCAAUGCUGCAGGCAACAGCUGAAGCUAAUAACCUUGCAGCUGUAGCAGGAGCCAAAGAUGUAUACAACAAAAGCAUGGAGCAGGUCUGCGGCGGUGACAAACCCUACAUUUCCCCGGCGGAGCUGGAGCGGCGUCACGUGGAGCUGCGGCAGGUGUCGGUGCGCCACUUCCGCUCCGUCAAGAAGAUGGGCGGCGAGGAUUUCUGCCGGCGCUACCAGGAGCAGCUGGAGGCGGAGCUCGAUGAGGCCUACGCCAACUUCAGCAAGCACAACGACGGCAAGAACAUCUUCUACGCCGCGCGGACGCCCGCCACGCUGUUCGCCGUCAUGUUCGUCAUGUACGUGGUGUCGCUGGUCACGGGCUUCGUGGGCAUCAACUCCGUGGCCACGCUGUGUAAUCUGGUGAUGGGCGUCACUCUGACGGCGCUCUGCGUCUGGGCUUACGUCAAAUACUCCGGAGAGUUCCGCGAGGUGGGAGGAGUCAUCGACCAGGUGGCCGAAACCCUGUGGGAACAGGUUUUCUCCAAACUCUUCGAAGUGGCGCGGAGUCGAGUCCCGUUGGGAACCCUGAUCCCGGCGCCGCGGCCCCGGCUCGCCUCCAACAACAACGUCAAGAAGAAAAACUAGCAGCACGCCACCCCCCCCCCCUCUCCCGCCGCUCGGUUUUGAAACAACGUUUUUAGGACGGUCGAGACGUGUAAUCGGUUUUUGUUCUGAGCGUAGCCGAUGGUUCCUCGCCGCGCUGGCUGUAGGUUUAAGGACUCGCUGUAGACCCGGACGAAGCAGUGUGAUGUAUUUUAUUAUUUGUCAGUGGGCGGGGUUAAGGUAUUUAUUGGUGGGAGGAGCCAUUGUUUUAUCACUGAACGUCAUCGCAGGUGACAACUCGACAUUAACGAUUCCCAUUUAUGUGAAUGUAUGAAUGAAGAGCACGACCACAGGUCCCCCCCCCCCCUUCCUGUCGUCUCCGUCAGGUGUUUCACAACCAAAGUUUACAGCUUUACUCGCAGACGCUCUCAGACCGAGGCGGACCAACAGGCGGGAAGCUGAGCUGACGCAGUCAGAACAGUUCGGUUUCAGGGAGUCGUCCAGUUCUUCUCACUCAGAUGUCGACGUUCCCGUGCGGCGACUCGCCGCGCCGAGCGUCUCAGUCGACUUAACGAUCUGUUGAAAUGACCAAAAAUCUGUCAGACUGCAGGAAAACUGCACCACGCAUCUGUGCUAGAUAUUCACUCCGCUCUUCCCGGAGCUUUCGACCGUUCCCGCAGUCUUCUUCAGCGUCAUGUGACCUCAGCGCGGGAAGUGUCGGAAAGCUCCGGGAACAGCUGAGCACGUGAGCGAGUCUUCCAUUCAGAAUAUUUACCACAAACUAACAAAGCGUCGUGACUGUUGAAGUGCUUCAGAGCAGAGACGGUGGACCCUCAGCUGUGCGUCAUGUGAUCCGGUCACAUGACGUCUGCGUGCGAACGUGUUCCCGCUGUGUCCAGACGCUGAUUUAAAGCCAGUAUUUUCACGGCGUGGAAACGUCUGUGAGGUCACAUGAUGUUGGAUACUGAACAGGAAAUAACAUUUAGAUUUUCUGCGUCAGGUUUGUUAGCUUAGCAUCACUCACCUGUGAUCGGUGGGGUUCUCACAGCUGUGGGAGCAGUUAGCAGGAAGUGUGAUUCAGCAUGACUCCAUGUUUUCUGCUUAAAUACAGAAAGUUUAGUUAAAUGUUUCAGACUUGACGUGAAUCCACCUCCUGCAGAUAAAUCCACAGGAACCAGACGCCAACACGCCUCCAGCAGACGGCCGCCGCUCCAACAACACGUCACGAGUUUGUCUGAUUUUGAGAAAGUAGAACUGUUCGUAAAAUGCUAAACUCCCCUGAAACCCGCCGACCCUGAAGUGUCCGUUAAGCGUCAGCUGGCCGCAUGUCGAAAGGCCGUCGUGCAGACAGAUGUGCUGCUGAGCGUCUGUUGGUCAUUUCAGACCAGAUCACGACUUGAUUCUUAGUUAUUUUUUAUUUCGAGAUGAUCAGUAAUGACGCGAUCAUGACUCCAGUAUUGUUUCGUGCUUCUUUUACUUUAAAUGUUCAUUGUUUUGGGAUCUGAAGUCCAGAGCUCAGAUAUUUAGGAACUAUUUCUUGACAAACAGCAGUUAUCCUUCCGCCACCGCCCAGUUCUGUACUGAACGCACAAACAUGAGCUUGAUAUCCAUCUAAAUGUGCGUAUUCACCAAAAUACUGAGCUCCUCCUUAAAUCAUUCGAUGUCUCUGGAUUAUUCUGGGAUGUCAGACAUUUCCAUAUUUGACCUGGUAGUUGGCGAUGAGGAUCUGAGUGCCAGACUUUUCUUCCUCCAGUCCAGUUCAGCUGAGACCUGUAGAUAAUUAUUUAAGUCCAGUGUUAUUCCUCCUCCUCCUCUUCCUCCUCCUCCUCCUCCUGUCGACAACCCUGAAGGACUGAAUCACCUCCUGAUUUUAAAGCACCAGAAGCCAUUUAGCAACACGGUAACAAUCACUGCAGCUGUGGCAUCGCCCUCCUGAAACAAACACUGAAAACGGCUCCAGUUUCUCGUUUUAAAGCCAGAAUCCGUCGGUCGGAUGAAUGAACGGUUCAUUCCAAACGUCGGCCUCGUCCGGAGGUCCGCGUCACCACAUCGUCGUUUUCCUGGAUCAUUCUUCUUUAAUCAUCAUUCCAUCCACAACAUCACCAGGGUGUGCUUUUUGUUUUUGUACAGUUGAGUUUUUUACAGCCUCACCCACACACAGGGCAUGUGUAUGAAAUAUAUACAUAUAUAAAUAUAAAUUUUCUAGACUUUUGUAGCUGGAAGAACAACGUUUGGCUGGUAGACCAGAUUCAGCGCACUGGAUGUAAAGGAAUGCUUUCGUGAUUUGUGGAUAUGUCUAAUAAAUUCCUUUUUUAUAUAUAUUUGUAAAUUUAAUCUGACAUGAGCACUGCGAUUCCACCCCCUGCUGGCAAAGAAUGUUUAUAAUCUGGAUCUUUUUUCUUUCUUUCUUUUUUGUCUUCUGUUGCAUUUUAAAGUUAUUUUCGUUAAUUUAUUUUUCAGUACAAUAUUAAACCAAACUCCUACAACACA